AUGGGAGACUUUGCAAGCAGCAGUGACUCCAGCAGAGCGCCCUGCUCUUCACCGUGCCGCCGCGACACCGCAGUCACCCACCUGCUCUUCCCUGUGCUCUACAUGCUCGUCUUCCUGCUGGGACUCACACUGAACAGCCUGGCUAUUUGGGCUUUCUUCCAUAUUCCAAGUACAUCGACUUUCAUUGUCUCCCUGAAAAAUAACUUAGUAUCUGAUUUUAUAAUGACUCUGAUGCUUCCCCUGAAAAUCACUGACUCCGGCCUGUGACCAUGGCAACUGAAGGCCUUUGUCUGCUGCUUUUCAGCCAUAAUAUUUUAUGACACCAUGUAUAUUAGCAUAGUGCUCCUCAGUCUCUUUGCUUCUGAUAGGUUCAAGAUCACGAGACCUUUCGGGAAGUUCUGGGUGCAACAAGUGAGUUCAGCAAAGAUCCUCAUGGGUCUGGUCUGGCUCUUCUUCCUGGAUCUCUCUGUGCCAAACAUGAUCCUAUCGAACAAGAAAACAACACCGCAGUCGGUGAAGAAGCGUGCUUCACUGAAGAGCUACCUUGGACUCACUGUCGAUUACAUCUGCCAGUUUGUCUUUGUCCUCAUUCUUAUGCUUCUAUUUUAUGUAAUUAUUGCCAAAAAGGUGUACAAGUCUUACUUGAAAAUGGGAGAAAGCAAAAAGAAACAAAGGGUCAAGGGGAAAGUAUUCAUCAUUUUCACCGUGUUCUUCUUCUGCUUUGCCCCCUUCCAUCCCUACACCCUGAGUCAAACGACAACCCAGAUGGACUGCUGCCUGCAGAACCAGCUUUUUGUUGCUAAGGAGAGCACACUUCGGCUGGCUGCCACAAACACUUGCAUGGACCCCUUGAUAUACAUGUCCUUGUGCAAACCAUUCCUAGCAAAAAUGCUAUGCGGGAAAGUAAACACACUUCAGAGAACAGUUCAUACGAACCCAAGAACUGAACUAAAUGCAGGAACCUUGGCCAUUGAAUCUUGAUUCUGUAGCUUUGCACUCUGGAGUCUUUGCAUAUCCACAGAGAAAUUAAGAAAUUUGUUAUACUGCUGCUGUAGAAAACUGAAGGAUGGUGGUGCUGUAAUACUUAAUAAAAAGGGCAGGCUGGAUUUCCAUAGUUAUGCUCA